AAAAACCGAACCGGAAUCCGGUCUGGGUGUCAUUCUUAUUGCCAACUCGCAGGCGCACGAUAGCACACACCCCUUCUCUUCUGGGUCCUUCGGAUUUUCUUUAUCUCACACUGCCUCGCUAAGGGAUUCCCCCAAAAUUUUCAACCACGAAACCCUAUCGCUCCGCCUCCCUUUUAUCUCCACAACGACGCCCUCCAUUCAGAUCCGCCUUCGUUCCGAUCAAUUUGGGUUUUAUCGUUCCGAUUUUGCCGAUUUCGAUACCGGAUUCGUCGAUUUUGAGAUCUGGGAAUUUAAGUUCUGUGAGAUCCAGCACCCACAUCUUCUGCUGUUACCGGGUUUUUGAGAAGUGCAAUGCGAGAGUAUGAAAGAAAUGAGUAUGAAGACUGGGAUGAGUAUGAGGAGGAUGGUGAAGAGGAAGAAGAAGGCGCUGAGGAUGGAUAUGAAGAAGAACCCGAGCCGCCCACCGAGGAGCAGUUGGAAUAUCUUGAACUGAGGCAAAGAUUAAAAGAUAAAAUCAGAAAGCAGAGGGGGAUUGCCACCGCUUGCCCUCGUGGCAAAACGAAUACAUACCGUAAAGACGAUUAUGGUUCCUUCUUUGGGCCUUCACAGCCGGUUAUAGCUCAGAGAGUAAUCCAAGAAAGCAAGUCCUUGUUGGAAAAUCCAGAUUUGGCAGCAAGGCUCUCUAAACCUAGUCAUAAUCAUACUAACAACAAUAAGAGCCGUAUUUCAGCCCCUGUCAGACCAAAAUCUCAGCCCAGCUAUCGGCCGAGCGCUACAAAUGGGGUGAAAAGGAAGGCCGAAAUGCUGAAAAGCACAAGGGAUUAUUCUUUUCUAUUAUCCGAUGAUGCUGAGGUUCCGGCUCCCUCGAGAAGCCCGCCACCAAGAAACGUGUCGACCCCCAAGUCUGAUGCACGACCUGCUCAACCUCAGCAGAGGAGCAAAGAAGCUGUGAUUCAGCGCGGAAGAGAAGUCUCGAAUGGCCGUGACGUAAGGAAGCCAAUGCCUGCAAGCAGCCAAAGCAGAGCCAAAUCUGUGCCGGAGAAGGUGGGCCACGCUAGGAAGUUGCCGCCAGAUCAUAGUGGUACCGCUAGGAAACAGCUGGGGAGCAAUAGUGGAAGUGGGCCCGGUCGGCCACUGGUGCCGAAAAACAUGCCUUCAAAGAGUCCAGUGCGGCCACCUGCAGCGAAGGCCCCCACAGCUGUUGCCAGAAAUACUGUGGUGGGUAGGGUUCAAAAACCAACCACCCCUUCACCCAUGCAAUCUGUUGUGCGUAAACCAACGGCCUCGAAUCCACCACCUGGCAUUCGUAGACCAACUCCUUCUUCUGGUCAACCUUCGGUUUCGAGGAGACCAGUACAAAAGGAAUAUCAAGAAACGCAGAGGCCAAAUGCUGUGGCGAAACAGACAUUGCCCCCUUCCUCUAGAGAUCAGAUGAAGCGGCCAGUAUCGAAGCCACCAGUUCGUAGUACAUCGGUAGAUCAAAGACCGAAACCAGCACCUAAGAGGCAGCUUCGUGAUGAAGAUUCUGAUGGUGAAAAUGCUAUAAGCAUGAUCAGACAAAUGUUCAGGUAUAAUCCGAACAAGUUCAGAGAUGAUGAUGAUGUUAGUGACAUGGAGGCCAAUUUUGAAGAUAUACAGAGGGAGGAAAAACGCAGUGCAAAAAUUGCCCGUAAAGAAGAUGAAGAGCAGCUCCGAUUGAUUGAAGAGGAGGAAAAAAGAGAACGGAUGCGAAUGGCUAAGAAGCGCAAGAUGGGCCAUUAAUUCCUAAAAUACCCAAAUGAAGCGCAAGCUGAGCCGGGCCCCACCAACGAUUUGAAAUAGUAAAAUGAAACCCGAUAUUUUGAGAAGCAGCUCAAAAAAUCCCUCAGAAUGGCAGUGAUUGAAUACAUUAGUUACGAGGUACGUGGAUUAGUCAUCGAUCUCCAGUUCUAAUUGUGUAUUGAAGUGAGGGGCACUGACAGAUUUUCGAUUUGAUUUCUUUAUUUCUUUUUACCUUUAUCAGAGGGUGAAUAUGUAAUUUAUUGAUUUUAGCUUUUAAAUAGGUAGAUCUCGAAUCUUGAUAAUAGUUUCUAACAUUUUCGGUUGAUCUUUUUAAUGAAAAGUUGGGUGUGGGGAGGCAAGUCUUUUCUUUUGUGUAGAGACUAAUAACUAAUAAUUAUGUCUGGUUUAUCACUACAUUGACAGUUGGCUGUGUGAA